AUGAGCAACUCAAAAAGAAGAAUUGAAACAGACGUGAUGAAAUUAUUAAUGAGCGACCAUGAUGUGGAACUAGUGGAUGAUAACAUGCAGGAGUUUCACGUCAAGUUCCACGGACCAAAAGAAACACCGUACGAGAAAGGUGUAUGGAGACUACAUGUGGAACUUCCCGACAAUUACCCCUACAAAUCUCCCAGCAUAGGAUUCGUGAACAAGAUUUUCCACCCGAAUAUCGAUGCGGCUUCCGGAUCCAUCUGUCUAGACGUGAUCAACUCAACGUGGAGUCCACUGUACGACCUCAUCAACAUCGUAGAGUGGAUGAUACCGGGUCUUCUCAAAGAACCUAAUGGGAGCGACCCGCUCAACAACGAGGCUGCAACACUACAAUUGAAGGACAAAGAACUUUACGAACAGAAAAUCCAGGAAUACAUAGACAAAUAUGCCACCGAGGAGCGUUACCAGGCUCUUUUUGGCAAGGGCGAGAGCGACGACGAUUCUGACGACGACAUGGAUGACGGUUUGAGUGACUUGGACGACGCAGAUCUCAGUGACAGCGACCCGAGCGACGAACUAAGCAACAUCGAGCUUAGCGACGAAGACGACGAGAAAGACGAUAUUGAACUCUCCGACGCUGACUUGAGCACCUAG